GCCCUUCCCGCCGUCCCCCGCUUCUCCCAGCGGCCCUCGCGCCCGAAGAUGGCGGCGCUGGCAGAGAAGCGGAGCCGGGCUCGGUAGUUCGUUCGCGCUGAUGGGGCCCCGCGGCCCGGCCGGGUCGCGCCCCUGCGCUCUCUGCCUCGUCCUGGGAGCCUUAUUGUGCGGCCUGCGGCCGACGGCGGCGAUGGCGGCGAGCGACGAGAGGCGCUCGGCGAGCCCGGUGGCGGUCACACCGUGCUGGCGGGUGGAGGAUUUCGUGGUGGCCCAGGAGUGCGCCCGCUGCUCCAGCUUCCAGGCGAAGACAAUACCAGAGUGCAACCCUACUGGCUUCAUUGAGACGAUCAACUGUGCCACCUCCAAGAGGGAUGAGUUCAAGAGCUGUCGCUCCGCAGUGAUGGAAGCGCACGUUUUCUGGAGGUUUGUGGGCACCAUGAUGUGCGUCGCCGCCAUCUUCGCGGUGCUGGUGGUGUGUCGCCAGCGUGUGCUGGACAGGAAGGCCCUGGAGAAGGUUCGCAAGCAAAUCGAGUCCAUUUAGCAGAGCCCGGCUGCCCUGGAACAGAGGACUCUACUCGCCCACUGCUCCCAACCGGGUGGGAGGAGGAACAGGGACCUGGGGAAGGCCCUGCCCUGAUUUGUGAACAUGAAAUCCUGCUGGGAGCUGCCUCGGAUGCUACUGGGUUGUCCCGUGGGGCCGGUUGAGGGGUGCCCUGCCCGCGCGGGAGGCCCUCAGGGAGCGCGGUGUAUAAUAAAUCCUGAUCGUUGUCA